GUGCUUGAAACAUUUGCUGGGCGCCUGAUUAAAAUAGGAGUUUUAGCAAGGCGGGAUAUUCCCAGCCUUACAAAGUACCAGAUAAUUCUAGCAAGAGAUCAAUACAGAAAAAACCCUUCUUCACAAAGUGCGGGAGUACAUCAAGGCAUAAUUGAAGGAGACUUUGCACUUUGUAUCAGUUUAUAUCAUGGUUAUGAGCUGCUACUACAAAUGGGAGUACGGUCACUAUUUAUCUACCUUUGUGGGAUUAUGGAUGGAUCAAAAGGGUUAACCCGCACGAAGAAUGAACUUGGUCGUAAUGAGGACUUCAUGAAGCUUUAUCAGCAGCUCAGAGACAUGUUUUUGGACACAUCUUCAGCAAAUGGAAGGAAUGCAAUUAGAACUAUGUUUGAAAAUAAAAAAAUUAUCUAUAGCCACCCAAAACUGAAGAAAUUGGAGGAAAUUGUAAUAGAACACUUCAAAUCCUGGAAAAGGGGAUGUUCUGGUAAUUUAAAAAAAAAAAAAAAAAAAGAAAAAAGAGUGAUGAUCUUCUCAUCAUUUCGGGACAGUGUGCAAGAAAUUGCAGAAAUGCUUUCACGGCUCCAUCCGGUGGUUCGUGUGAUGACAUUUGUUGGCCACUCCACAGGCAAGAGCACAAAAGGCUUCACACAGAAGGAGCAACUUGAGGUGGUGAGACGCUUUCGUGAAGGUGGGUAUAACACUCUGGUCUCUACCUGUGUUGGAGAAGAAGGCUUAGACAUCGGAGAAGUUGAUCUCAUCAUCUGCUUUGACGCUCAGAAAAGCCCAAUUCGCCUCGUGCAGAGAAUGGGCCGAACAGGGCGCAGGCGGCAAGGCAGGAUUGUGGUCAUCCUCGCCGAGGGGCGGGAGGAACGGACUUACAAUCAAAGCCAGUCUAACAAAAGGAGCAUCGACAAAGCUAUUUCAGGAAACAAAAUGCUUCAUUUCUACCAGCAUAGCCCGCGUAUGAUUCCAGAAGGCAUAAAUCCAGAGAUGCAUAAAAUGUUUAUUACUGCUGAAAAAUAUGAACCAAGCAAUUCAAGAAUGCUUUCCAAAGAGAGAAGAUCUAGUUCCCUCCAGCAUAAAUCUGCUCUCUUUUCCUGUGUCACUGGCCAAAAGCAAAUGCACUGUCAUGAGAAUUGGUCUCUGUCGUCUGAGGAGUUUGAAAUAUGGGAUAGACUUUACAGGAUUAAGGAAAGUGAUGGAAUAAAGGAACCGAUAUUACCUCAAGUUCAGUUUGAAACCUUAGAAAACCUGGAAGAAAUAUCAAAGCACAAAAAGGAGGCUACGCAUGAACUUUCCUUAUCUGAAUGGAUAAUUUGGCAGAGUCGUCCUUUUCCUACAUCUUUGGUUGGUCACUCGGAUCGUUGUUACCAUUUUAUCAGUGUUAUGGAAAUGAUAGAACAGAUGAGACAUGAACAGGGAGAUUGCUGCUAUGAACUGGAGAUUCAGCCUCACUUACGUAUUGAAGAUGUUAAUGUUCAAAGGAAUAAAAGUCAUCCCUUCAUGACCAAUGCCACAUUUGAUCAGAAGGCAUGCUCAUCUAGAAAAGAAGUGGCACACAGAUCAAAAGUAAAACCAUUUUUACCUGAUACAGAUGACUGUGAUAGUGAAUUCUUCACCACAUUUAAAGUAACAAAACCAAAGACUCCAAAAGAAACUUCCGGAUCUAAUCUGGAAGUACCUGUGUUGCCUACAGAUACUAACAGUUCCACUUCUUACUCAGCAGGAAAUGUUGACCAGGGCAGUCAAGAGGACGAGGAACUAGAGGUGACAUUUGACUUAAAUGGAUUUAUUGACUUAUGUGACAGCAGUGACAGUACUGUAAUUGAUGAAAGUGCAGCAGUGAAGGAAAACAAAACUCUGGAUAAAGCUUGUAGUUCACUGGGAACAAACCACACAGAUCUGGGUUAUAGUAGCUUUACAGCCGAGAAAUCACCUGUGUCCUCUGACUUAUUUUAUCUUCCUGAAUCCUAUGUGGAUUCAUUUGCUCUUGUGAGACCCCUUGAGGAGCCUUCUUGUUUAAAACAAGUAUUAUCCCAUCUGAAAAGGCUUUUAUCACAAUCUCCUCCCUCAUUGAAUAAAGUUUAUGAUUUUGAAAACAUGAUGAGAAAUGAAGAAAUAAUAUGUCCAUUUGAAAAAGUUAUUUCUGAUGGUUGUUCAGAGAGACGACAGGACAAAGUCUUUCCUGCACACUCAGAUGCUGAUUGUUCACUGCUGCUCCUUGAAAAUUCUGAAGAGAGGGUCACCAGUGAAUUGCGUGGUUCUUUAAGUACUUGUUUUCCAAAAACUGUCUCAUCUUCUGAGACCGCUGUUGUUAAAGCCAAAGAGGAACUUCACUGGGAUAACAGCUUUGAUAGUCUGUUUGACAAUGAAGAAUUCACUGAAAUUCAAGAGAAUCAGUAUAUUGCUCAAAAAGAGGAUAUUAAACUUGACAAGAAAGAAGCGGUAAUGGGUGAAGAGAACAGUAUACAUUUAUUUGAAGAUGAACACCUUUAUGACACAAAUAUUGGAAGUUUUUCUACAAGCAAUAAGCAUUUAGGCAGGUCAAAUUCAGGUGAGAGUGCUAUUGGGCCAGUUGCAGAGCAGGGCUCUGAGUGGUUUCCUUCCAAGGUGUGCUGCAGCAACACUGAUAUAACCUGUGAGGAGCAGCCAAGAAGCAGUAAAACCACAGCCAUGGAAAUGGCAGGUGGUGUUAGUGUGAGCGAGCAGUCUCUGGAUAACGAUGAUCUUUAUGACUGUUCUCAAGAACUGUUUUCUGUUAAUUUUGAUUUGGGAUUUUCCAUUGAAGAGUGUGAGAAUGAAAUCUUUGAAGAAGAUACAGAUACUAAUAAUACCAGAAAAUCAAAUGGUGCCUUGGGGAGUCAUACAGAUGUUAAAUCCACUGAAGAUAAAAAGAAGUUACUGAAUGAUCACUCCAAACUUGAAACAUCACCAGAAUGGGAUCGCAAAGGUCUUGAGAAAAGAAAUGCUUCCACACCGUUGCCAUUCCAGAGCAGGAGCGUGAAUGGCAGAGAAGGAGCUGGGGGUGCUUCUGCUGCAGUGCCUUUCCUGGAGUCAGGAGGUGGAAGAACAAGAAGUGGAUCACCCAAAGCUUCGACUCCUGCAUUUUCUACCCCAACAAGAACCAGCAGCGAGAGUGAAGAAGAGAUAGUUUUCCAGAGAAAAAACAGGAGAAAAAAGAAUGUUUUGAAGUCUCCUGAUGUUAUGAAUGACAGUGACUUUGAAUCACCAGUUCGUGCCAGGAGAAAACGUCGGCACCCACUUAACAUGUCAGACAUGUCCAGUGAUGACAGCAUGGAUUUUCACAAGAACUCGAACAGGACCAUAAGUAACUCCACAGCCUCUAACAAAAACCAGCAGAGAAGUAUGAAACGGCCAAAGGUCAAGAGCAGUUUUACAGACAAGACUGCAGGAAGACAGUUUUUAGAUGAAGAAGCUGAGCUGUCCCAGCAGGAUGCAGAUGGUGUUUCUUCUGAUGAGACUGAUGAUGCAGAGAAUGAGCUGAACUCUUCACUUGUGCAGUUCCUGAAUGAUGAUGUGGAAGUCACGCAAGUGUUAAAUGACUUUGAGAUGAAAGGAAUUUACCUGAAAUCUGUGCGUAGUCCAGCUCUUGGCAAUAGAUACAAAAUGGUUCAUCGUGAAUUCAACACCACAGAGAUUUUCUCACAGAUUCCUGAGCAAGACCAGGCUUACGCAGAAGAUAGUUUCUGUGUUGUAGAGGAGGAGGAGGAAACCUGCAAAAAAAGCGAAACUAGUGAGGAGGAAGUGUCCAUUAAUUUUGAUCUCCUAAACAAUGAGAGCUUUACUAAUGGAAGAAAACAAUACCUCACUCGACGCAGAAAAACAAUAAACCAGGCCAAGAUGGAAGAGAACUAUCCAGCCCCAGUGCAAAAGAAGAAACCAUCCCGAAUUAUUGUUCUCAGUGAUUCUAGUGGGGAAGAAACAAGUGUCAGCAAUGAAAAGCCCAUGAAAACAGACUGUGUCAGGGCACAACAGGAAAAUGCUAAGUUAACCAAGUCAUUGCCUUCAGCCUCUUCUGCGCAGCACAAAGAAGUUGCUGGGGAAAGCACUGUUCAUCACUCUGCAGAGGAUAAAAGCAAGAUGCUUCUUGGCUUGAAAGCUUCAGUAUCUGACACGCUGGAUUUUCACCCAGACCAUCAAGUCAGGAGCACACACUUUCCACCAGCCAUCACUAGUUCUGCUUUGGGGAAAGAGAAUCUCCAGGCUUCCAGUGAGGUGGAAAGUUCUUUGAAGAAUGCCGGUAGAAGCACUUCAGUUCCAUCUUGUUCUGCUUCCACAACCCCCUCUUCAGCUACAGCUCUGUCUUCACGAGACCUUCUGGAGAAAAAGCCCUCCCUCUGUGUUCUGGUAGAUAGUCGUGAGAUCUCCUCUGGAGCAGAGGUGAUUUCCUCCUUGAAGGCAGUUCAUGCUGUGAAGGUGCAGGUUUGCUCGCUGAGCAGCAGUGAUUACAUCGUGAGCAAUCGCAUGGCGGUGGAAAGGAUGUUUCUGUCAGAGUUACUGAACUCUACAAACAGGACUAAAAUCACCCAGAGGAUCCAGCACCUGCAGAGCAUGUUUGAGAGGACAUGUGUGGUUGUGGAAACAGACAGGAUGAAAACAGGAGAAACAUCCCGAUUUUUCCAAAGGACGCAGUACUACGACAGCAUGCUCUCAGCCUUUGUCCAGGCUGGCAUCCGAAUUCUUUUUAGCUCUUGCCAGGAGGAAACUGCCAGUUUGCUGAAAGACCUGGCUUUGGUAGAGCAAAGGAAAAACGCCACCAUUCGCGUGCCGUUGGAGGUGGAGGGUCACAAACAGGAAAUGCUCAACUUCUACUUGAGUAUUCCCAACCUCAGCUACCCUGCUGCUCUCAAUAUGUGCCAUUACUUUGACUCCGUGAAGAAGAUGGCCAACAGCUCCCCCAUCGACAUCGCCACCGCUGCCCAGGUCAGCCCGCAGAAGGCCGAGGAGAUCUACCGCUACCUCCACUGCGGUUUUGACGUGCAGAUGCUGCCCGAGAACCUCUGCGCUAAGGGGAAAAGUGGCGCAGCUGCCAGGAGCUGA